AUGGCCUACGCCUUCUUGUCCCUUCUCUCAUCUUUCUCACUCGCCUGGUUACUCGGCCAUGAACUCCGCAUCUCAAGAAUAGGCAUUUUCUCCAUCUCAAGCCCCCGCUAUCGCAAUCGUCGCACUGGCCUCGCCAUCUCCUGCGCGCGCGUGCAGAUCGCCUUCCAUAUCCCCACACGCACCAACCCGCGCUGGGCGACAUUCGAAGCCUUCGAGUACGAGUACAAAGACGCAGCGUGCCACGUCGCCGUCUCCAAGACCACCGCCGUCCUCUGGCUCCUGCCCGUCUACUUCGGCUUCACGAGCUACCCGCUCGUCUCGACCGAGCUCGAGAACUUCCGCCUCCGCAUCUUCACCUCCAGGGAGACGCCCGAGUGGGUCCGACAGCUGCGCGCCAACCUCGUCGCGUCCAUCCUCCAGGGCGAGAUCAUCCGCCUCGACGACUUCUUCGUCAAGAUGGAGUUUGCUCCGUUCACGGGGACGACGUACCCGUCGGACGGGGAGAUCGUGCGGCCUGAUGGGACGCAUGGGGACGAGCUCGACGAUGUUCGCGUGUCCGCCAUUCUGGACGAAUAUUGGACGAAGAACUGGGCGGAGCGGCUGUACACGUUCGCCAGCAUCGAAGCGCAGUUUCGGAGGAGCUGGCUGGCAGAAAGGGGGUCGUACGUCAUGAUAGCAAAAGGGCUAAAGUGGACCAAGAUGUUGACUGGAGAUGAGAGGGAGAAGCGGGUGCAUACCUCGUCAUGGAGACAGCUAUACGAAUCACUGACCUAUCUACCUCGGAAUAUUGCAACCAUCUUCACGGAUCCCAUGCACAACUUAGACAUCUCCGUGCCGCGUCUCGACGUUACUUUUGAUGAUUUUAGGAUCCGCGACGCCGAACUGCUGCGUCAGGCCCUCACAUUAGUGGGCAUCAAAUUCCGUGACGCUGGGAUAUCCACCUCAUCUUUCAUGUUGGAUGCCGCUGCUUCUAUACUGUUCCCUAGCGAUAGAGACUUGUCUCGCGUGGUGCAGGACGAAAAUUUCGAAUAAU